CUCAUCAUGUGACACAACAAGGAAGUAGAAAUGUAACUUUUCAAUCAAAGUCUGUGUUACGUGUGUUUUGAUUUUAAAAUCCUGCAGCUCGUUCGUAAGAAGCUGAAACUUGGUUGUUUCUCGUUCAGCGGGGACUCGACUCCUCCUGUGACGCGAGGAAACACAAACACAACUCGUUAAUAUAUUGAAUAUGCUUUUAAAGUCCGUGGGACGUUAUUUCCACAGGACAAUGUUUACAUCCCUCCUGUGCACGUUCACGUUACUGUUCCCACUCGGUCACGCGUCUCUCCCGCUCGUCAUCAACACGUGGGCGUUCAAGAACGCGACGGCUGCAGCGUGGAGCGUGCUGCAGUCCGGCGGCUCGGUGCUGGACGCGGUGCAGGAGGGCUGUGCACGCUGUGAGGUGGAGCAGUGCGAUGGGACCGUGGGCUACGGCGGGAGCCCCGAUGAGUCUGGAGAGACCACACUGGACGCCCUGAUCAUGAAUGGGGAUACGAUGGAGGUCGGUGCAGUCGCGGACCUGAGAAGAAUCAAGAACGCCAUCGGAGUAGCGAGGGCGGUGAUGGAGCGCACCGAUCACACACUGCUGGUGGGGGAGUCAGCCUCCUUGUUUGCUGAAAACAUGGGCUUCCCUGCCGAGGACCUGACUACCAACAAAUCUGUGAAUAUUUUCUCCCAGUGGCUGGGGAGCAACUGCCAACCUAAUUAUCGAAAGAAUGUAUUUCCAGAUCCCUCCCAGCACUGCGGACCCUACAAGCCCAGGGCGAUGCUGGAGGAGAGGGAGAGGGCCCGGCAUGCUAAUGUGCACUCCCACGACACCAUAGGGAUGGUGGCUGUUGAUGGAGACGGUCACGUGGCUGCAGGUACCUCCACCAAUGGAAUGAAUCACAAGGUUCCAGGUCGUGUUGGGGACUCUCCCAUAGUCGGAGCCGGGGCCUACGCAGACAGCUCAGCCGGCGGUGCCUCGGCGACUGGAGAUGGAGACAUCAUGAUGCGCUUUCUCCCCAGUUACUUGGCCGUGGAGCUGAUGAGGACCGGGGCAGAUCCCUCAGCAGCCUGCAAGAUGGCCAUCACCAGAAUCAAGAGGCAUUACUCAGAGUUCUUUGGAGCCAUCAUCUGCGCUAACACAACAGGCCAUUAUGGUGCAGCCUGCAACAAAAGCCCUGGAUUCUCUCAGUUUCACUUCAUGGUGUCAAACUCCGAGUCAGACGCUCCGCUUCUCAAAUCCGUGGACUGCUUCUGAACAGCUCUUAUUCUCAUGCCUCUCUUUUGUAUUUAAAAUUAAUUGACAGACUUCACGCUGAAUUGUAAAACUGAUGAUGUUGGUUUUAUUCAAAAAGGAAAUAAAUAAAAAAAGGAAACAAACGCACAAUUGAUUUAUCUCAGUUUCUUCGUAACAACUUUGUUAUUUAUGUCUUUAAAAGAGAGAAUUUAAAUGCAAACACUUCUGGGCUGAAGAUCAUUCAUUUGAUAGGUAUUCUCUGCUCAAUGUACAUUUCAGGACAAACAUCUGCAUAUUCCACCAAUUUCACGAUGAACUAUCAUGUCCCACUUAUAUUUCCAUUUAUUUAUAUGACCUUAUAUGUGGGGUCAGCACAUCGUUUAUAUAACCUGCUAGUAGAACACAUUAGCAGCCAGGGAGGAUGGCUAGCCCCGGUCCGCUCUCUGCCCACUGGAAGAACUCACACUGUUUACCCUUUUGAAAGCUGCAGGUGUAGAAAUUCCGACCGUUGUUGGGUCCUAGUUUCAGAACAGUUCUCAUUAAGCAGCGUUUGCCAUGGUGACAAGAAGGGAAGUGCUGGUCUGCCCACUGCAACACAGAAAAACACGCUUCUCAUUAGUAAGUUGUAAAGUGUUAUUAUAGUCAGUUUAAAUGCUAUGCAAAUAAAUGCCACUUUUUUGUGUUUUGGCUAAAACUGAA